AUGCGCAACCUCAAACAUCAGAAUAUCAUCGAGUUUAUCGCCGCCAUCAAGCGUGGCAGUGACCGAUAUCUGCUUUUUCGCUGGGCAGAGGAGGGAAGCCUAAGAAAGUUUUGGGAAAUGCCUGAACACAAGCGUCCAGUCGUGACAAGAGAGCUUGUCCGAGCCGUCAUCAUGCAGAUCCAAGGAAUGGCGGAUGCGCUCGACAAGCUGCACAAUUACCGCUACGGAGGAGGCUCAUACCGGCAUGGAGACUUGAAACCCGAAAACAUCCUGUGUGUGGUCGGCCAACCACCUCGAGACGGCCAGUUCGGCUUUCCUAUUCUCAAGAUUUCCGACAUGGGACUUGCAAAACAUCACAACAUUGCUACCCAACUGCGACACAACACAUCAACUCAAUACACGACAACCCGCUACGAACCUCCCGAGGUGGCCUUGAAGUCCGAGCUUGGCCGUUCCCGACGAUACGACAUGUGGUCAUUCGGAUGCGUGAUUUUGGAGAUGAUGAUCUGGCUGCUGUAUGGCACCGAUCAUCUGGAAAGGUUCAACAGCCAGAUCAUCGACGAGGGAAGGCAUAGAAGCCACUGGUUCAAGGUCGACAAAGAUAAAGACGAGGCAUUCGUGCAUCCCCAUGUCCAGGCGACAAUCAGAGCCCUGUAUUACGAUCCAGAAUGCAAGGCAGAGACUGCACUGAAGGAGCUUCUCACCAUCGUCAAGACCAAACUUCUCGUCGUGGAACUGGACCCUCCAGCCACACCCGUCAGCAGUUCAGCCCCCCCAAGGUCCACCAACGGCUCUCGCGCAUACUCUCAAGAACUCAUGGAGCGUCUAGAUGAUAUUGUGGCUCGAGGCAAAACCGACGAGUCAUACUGGUUCACGGGCGCCAGCCGCGAGCAUAUCAAAGACUUGAAGGUCGACAGAGCACCAGAGUCUUCCUUCCUUUCGCCAAACUCAGCGGUAGGAGGAAACCGGCCCCUCCGACCUAGGCCCCCUUUGAGGCCCCUUGGAGAGAAUGGCGGUGGUAUAAUUCCUGAUGCCGGAUUCGAGGAUCAGCCAAGCUUGAUGGUCCCUGUAAUUACAGUUGUUGAAGCAAAAACAAGACGAGUAUGA